AUGGUGGCUGACGGAAUUAAAUUGUCAUGGAAAAUUAAAAGGGAGAAUAUUAAUUCUGAAGCUGACAAAAUAAUUGAAAGUUUGAAAACAGUCUAUGAUUCAAUUGGGGCACUUUCAGAUGACCAAGUCACAUAUGACAAUGUUGUGAAGGCUGCUGCUGAUAGUGAUUGCUGGUAUGCAGUAGAGAGGAACAACAUCGACUUCUUACGCCAUGUAUCAGCUGACAAAGAACUCCGAGAUGCCAGCUUGGCAGCUGAUAAGAAGCUGUCAGAAUUUGAUGUCGAGCUAAGCAUGAGGCAAGAUGUGUUUGAAUCCUUUGUAGCAGUCGAAAAAUUAGAGGACUUCAAAAUAUGGAAGCCUGAAGCUCGCCGUUUUGUGGAAAGAAUAAUUAAGAUUGGCAGACGAAAUGGUUUACACCUGCCUAAAGAGGUCCAGGAUAAAAUCACGGCGAUCAAGAAGCGCAUGAGUGACCUGUCUAUUGAUUUCAGCAAAAACUUGAAUGAAGAAAAUACUGUGCUGGAAUUUACUGAAGAGCAGUUAGUUGGUUUGCCUGAUGACUUCCUCUCGAGCUUGGAGCGGACUCCAGAGGGCAAACUGAAGGUCACCUUGAAGUACCCGCAUGUUUUUCCCUGCAUGAAGAAGGCCAGGAACCCAGAGACAAGGAAGACUAUAGAGAUAGCUUUCAAUUCUAGAUGCCUGAAAGAGAAUACUCCGAUUUUAGAAGAGCUGGUGAGACUUCGGCAUGAGAAAGCUGUCCUGCUGGGAUACAAAACUCACGCACAGUUUGUCUUGGAAAUGCGUAUGGCCAAAAAUCCAGAAACGGUAGCAGAGUUUCUGUCAAGCCUGGCUGUCAAGUUGCAGGAUCUAAGAAAAGAAGAGGUGGAUCUGUUUUUGCAGUAUAAACAAAAGGAGUGCGAAGAGUUUGGUUAUGAGUUUGAUAAUAAAAUCAACAACUGGGACCUCCGGUACUACAUGACAAUGACUGAGGAGAAGAAGUAUGCUGUCGAUCAGCAGAAACUCAAGGAAUAUUUUCCUAUGUCUGUGGUCACAAGCGGUCUUCUACAGAUUUACCAGGAAUUGCUUGGGCUGGAGUUCAGUCAAGUGUCAGAUGCUGAUGUUUGGCAUGAAGAUGUUACUUUAUACAGUGUGAAAGAUAAGAACAGUGAUGAGCUGAUUGGCUACUUCUACCUGGAUUUACAUCCUCGAGAAGGCAAAUAUGGGCAUGCCGCAUGCUUUGGAUUACAG